GUCAAACACUCACUACUUAUUAGAUCAUCCACACUAUAAAAGCAUCCCAGACAACCCCGGCUCAGAGCAACCCACCCCCAUCCCAUACAUAACUAAGCUGCUCUGCACUUUCCCAAGACAAACCUUUUUUUUUCUUUUGAAGAAAGAAGAACACAAAACCAACAAACUUCCGCAGCCAUGGAGCUCGGCCUCGUCUCCUACGUCUCCGCCGCCCUCUUCAUCUUCUCCGGCGCCUACCUCUACUACACCACCACCCGGAGCAGCCGCCGUUCCCCGCGCCGGCUCCCCCCUUCCCCGCCAGGCUACCCCGUGAUCGGCCACCUCCACCUCCUCACCGACAUGCCGCACCACGCGCUCGCCGAGCUCGCCAAGACCAUGCGCGCGCCGCUCCUGGCGCUCCGGCUGGGGAGCAUCCCCUCCAUCGUCAUCUCCAAGCCCGACCUGGCCCGCGCGGCGCUCACCACCAACGACGCCGCCAUGGCUUCCCGGCCCCACCUCCUCUCCGGCCAGUUCCUCUCCUUCGGCUGCUCCGACGUCACCUUCGCCCCGGCCGGCGCAUACCACCGCAUGGCCCGCCGCGUCGUCGUCUCCGAGCUCCUCUCCGCCCGCCGCGUGGCCACCUACGGCGCCGUCCGCGGCAAGGAGCUCCGCCGCUUGCUGGCUCAUCUCACCAAGAACACGGCCCCGGGGACGCCCGUGGAUCUCAGCGAGUGCUUCCUCAACCUGGCCAACGACGUGCUCUGCCGCGUGGCCUUCGGGCGCCGGUUCCCCCACGGCAAAGACGACAAGCUCGCCGCCGUGCUGGCCGAGGCGCAGGAUCUCUUCGCCGGGUUCACCAUCGGGGACUUCUUCCCGCAGCUCGAGCCCGUGGCCAGCACAGUCACCGGGCUCCGGAGAAGGCUCAAGAACUGUCUCGCGGAUCUCCGUGAAGUCUGCGACGAGAUCGUCGAGGAGCACAUCAACGGCACCCACAAGCGCGUCCCCGGAGACCGCGACGAGGACUUCGUGGACGUGCUCCUCCGUGUCCAGAAAUCCCCCGACCUCGAGGUGCCGCUGACCGACGACAACCUCAAGGCGCUCGUCCUGGACAUGUUCGUGGCCGGCACCGACACGACGUUCGCGACGCUCGAGUGGGUCAUGACGGAGCUCGUCCGGCACCCGAGGAUCCUGCAAAAGGCCCAGGAAGAAGUCCGGCGCGUGGUGGGCUCGAAGGGCCACGUCGACGAGUCCGAUCUCGGCGAGCUCCACUACAUGAGGGCAAUCAUCAAGGAGACGUUCCGGCUGCACCCGGCGGUGCCGCUGCUGGUGCCGAGGGAGACGGUCGCCGCGUGCAAGCUCGGCGGCUUCGACAUCGCGCCCAAGACACGGGUGUUCAUCAACACCUUCGCCAUGGGCCGGGACCCGGAGAUCUGGGAGAGCCCGUUGGAGUAUAAACCCGAGCGGUUCGAGAGCGCUGCCGGGGAGAUUGAUCUCAAGGAUCCGGAUUACAAGCUGCUGCCGUUCGGCGGGGGAAGGAGAGGGUGCCCCGGGUAUACCUUCGCGCUUGCUACUGUUCAGGUGUCCUUGGCGAGCUUGCUGUACCAUUUUGAGUGGGCGUUGCCGGAAGGCGUGAAGGCAGAGGAUGUGAGCUUGGAGGAGAGCUUCGGGCUCGCCACCAGGAAGAAGGAGCCGCUCUUCGUCGCCGUCAGGAAGAGCGACGUGUACCAGUUCAAGGGCGAGGAGCUCAACGAGGUUUAAUUAAUGUUUAUGAUAAAGAGUCGACGGUCAAGUUUUGCUUUUCUAUCCGGCAGAUAAAUUAUUUCGUUUUUUGUUAUAGUGAACAAUAAGGGAUCAGGGAUGGGGUUGAAUAAGGGAUGAUGAGGUUGCAUUUUAGUAGUAGCUACGUGGAGUAGGACUGUGGAGCAGAGUGCCUGGUUCACUCUGCUUAAGAGGCGUGUCUGCGUGUAAUAUCUUAAAGAAAAUUCUUCUCGUUUUUUUCUACAUU